AUGGGUAAUGAGGCCAACACCCCCGGAGUUGGGGACCUGUCCCUCAACUCGCUGGGGUCCAUGAACCUGGGCGCAGGCCCAGGCGUCCCGUGGCUCUGUCUGCUCCUGGAGGCCAGAGUCCGAAUCCACACCAUCAACACCGGUCUACACCUCAGGCACAAGAGAAUAACCGGAGAGAAAAAGGGCUUUGGCAAAACGAACUGCAAAAACGCUGGCAGCGAGCACGCCCGGCUUCUGGCUCUAACUUCCCGCCGGGCUCUGAGGAAGCACGCAGCCCCGGGUCAAGCCAGAGGACCACACAACGCCACAAACACAACCCUGGGACAGGGCAAUGGAGGCUUAGUGCUGUGGCCGGGAACAGGAGCCUUGUUCGUGUCCGAGGUGGGGGCCCCCACCAGCUCCCCUUUGUCAGGCCUGGAACCUCAGCAGCCUGUGCUCCCGAUCCAGGACUUGUGGGCUGGGCUGGCCGGGACGGCUGGGAGACCACACUGCGUCCUGCAUGCUGCUCGUGGUUCAGCCAUCUCAGCCGAGUUAUCCGAGGAGUUGCGCGUGGCACUCAAUUCCUGGAAGGCGACCCAGGACCCGCUCUCCAGCCAGCAGGUGGACGGGCGCCUCCUUCCCUUUAGUAAGAGCGCCUGUGAGUUCAACUACUUGAGGACAAGCGAAUCCCGGAUGAUAAGCCCGGUCCCCAGCAGCCCAGUCCUAGCGCACAGCCAGCUGAGAAAGCGCGUGCCCUGGUACAUCUCCGUCAUCCAUGAGAAGGAUCACUGCCUGCGCACGCUGGGGGAGGAGGUGCAGCGCCUGUCCCAGCUGGAGGCCCUGCUUUGGAAGAAAGACGAGGAGGUCUCGGCCCUCCAGGAGGAGAGGGAGGCCUUGAAGAAGCAGCUGAAAUUCCUCCUCCAAAGCAAAAGCCAAGAGAUAUUGUUCUCCAACCUCAGGGAAGACAAGAAACACGAAGAGAUGAUGGGCCUCAUGGAGAAGGACAACUUUCUCCUCCGCCAGCAAGUGGCGGAGCUGCAGAGCAGACUCGCCAAGCAGGAACACAUCAUCUCGGAGCUGGAGGCCAAGGUCAGCCAGCUGCAGGACCAGGUGAGCCAGAAGGAGGGCCAGCUGCAGAGACAGAAGUGGCUGCAGGAGGAGAUGGGGAGCAGGAACGAGAUGAUCCAGCAGGCGGAGCUGCAGGCCCGCGUGGCCCUGGAGAGCGCGCAGUCCCGGCUCGAAAGACUAAGAAACAACAUCAUCCAGGCCACCUUCAGCACCUCCGGGAUCAAGUCCUUGGCCACUGAGAUCUCUGACAAUGACAUUCUGGAGGCCUUGCAGAGGAUCAUCUCUGAGCGAGCCGACUACUACAAUCAGCUGAAACAGAAAGGCAUCAGGAUGCCUCCCCUGCACCAGUCGGAGGCCCCUUCCUCCCAGAGCAAGUCCAAGAAGCUGGCCUCCAAGUAA